AUGUUAGAGAACUACAGAAACCUGGUCUUCGUUGUUUUGUGUUCUCAUUUUGCCCAAGACCUUCGGCCAGAGCAGAGCAUAAAAGAUUCUUUCCAAAAAGUGAUACUUAGAAAAUUUGAAAAAUGUGGACAUGGCAAUUUACAGUUUAAAAAAGGCUGUGAAAGCGUGGAUGAGUGUGAGGUACACAAAAGAGGUCACAAUGGACUUAACCAAUGUUUGACAACUACCCAGAGCAAAAUAUUUCAAUGUGGUAAAUAUGUGGAAGUCUUUCAUCAAUUUUCAAAUUCAAAGAGACAUAAGAGAAGACAUACUGAAAGAAACACUUUGAAAUAUGUAGAAUGUGACAAAGAUUUUAACCAGUCCUUACCCCAUACUACACAUAAAAAAAUUGAUACUGGAGAGAAACCCUACAAAUGUGAAGAAUGUGACAAAGCCUUUAAGUACUUCUAUACCCUUACUACACAUAGGAAAAUUCAUACUGUAGAGAAACCAUACAAAUGCGAAGAAUGUGGCAAAGCCUUUAAGUACUCCUAUACCCUUACUACACAUAAGAUAAUCCAUACUGGAGAGCAACCCUACAAAUGUAAAGAAUGUGGCAAAGCUUUUAACCAUCCUGCAACUCUUUCUUCACAUAAGAAAAUUCAUACUGGAGAGAAACCAUACAAGUGUGAUAAAUGUGGCAAAGCCUUUAUUUCAUCCUCAAUCCUUCGUAAACACGAGAAGAUUCAUACGGGAGAGAAACCCUACAAAUGUGAAGAAUGUGACAAAGCCUUCACCCGUUCCUCACACCUUACUAUGCAUAAGAUCAUUCAUACUGGAGUGAAGCCAUACAAAUGUGAAGAAUGUGGCAAAGCUUUUACAUGGUCUGCAGGCCUCCAUAAACAUAGGAGAACUCAUACUGGAGAGAAACCCUACAAAUGUGAAGAAUGUGGCAAAGCCUAUACUACAUCCUCAAAUCUAACGGAACAUAAGGCAGCUCAUACUGGAGAGCAACCUUACAAAUGUAAAGAAUGUGGCAAAGCUUUUAACUGGUCCUCACUCCUUAAUAAACAUAAGAGAAUUCAUAUUGGACACUAACCAAGAAUACAGAAACCCUACAAAUAUGAAGAAUGUGGCAAAGCCUAUAACAAGUUCUCAAUUAAUGAGGAGCUGUUUGAUGAGUCUAACUCCUCCAACUCUUUGGAAAAAGACUGGGUGCCCUACACCACCAACCUUAGUCAGCACUGGGCUGUGGCGAGAGCAGACACCUAG